AUGGCCCAUUUCAGUCCGCACCAGCUGUCGAAUCCCCGGGCAAACGUCUUCAUCCUGGUCAAUCUGGGAUGCGAGAUGCUCUACGUGAUCGACCAGCGUCUGAAGGCGCAGCAGAUAGCACAGGACAAGUCCGUUCAGGUUAUUCAUGAUGUGACUACAGUACUGCUUGAGCCAAAGUUCAUAGACUCCCUGCUGAACGGAUCGAAAUCGAAUAGUGCCCAACUCCUGACUGCCGAGCAUUGCAAGUUCAUGCUGAACGACAUAGCCACCUGCUCUUUGAUGAGACUCGACGAGCAGUCCAUGUCCAAGCUGUGGAACCUCAUGACCAUGGUCUACAAGUGGCAGCUGUUCGUGUCCCGCCAUCAACACCACCUGCUGGAGAUUACGUUUCGGCACCUGGACGCGGUCUACAGGUUGUAUCCGGACGCCAAGCGGCACAUGCUGAUUGACUUCACGAAGAACACGCUUCUGGACUUUUGGAACGCCUGCGGGGAGGAGGCGCAGCUCUCCAUCUACCAGACGAAUCGGGCCUGGCUGCAGUGCUUCAACACCAAGAUAUCGCUGCUGAUCCGCAUGGGCUUCCAGGCCAUGGACGGGACUUUCUUCAAGGAGGUGGAUCAGGAGUACUUUACCGAAUACGUUCAAUCGGCCGGCGAUAAUAUCUAUGCAAAGAGUGCGGAGCAGCGGGAACGACCGCAACGCGAGCCCAACAGCAUGGACCAACUGGCCGCCCAGCUGAACAUCGGUCCACCGCAGGGGGAGGAUCUGCAGCCCAUCAAUGCCCGCCAGUUCCAGCAGCAGUUCGAGCAGACCUUCAACAAUGUGCUGUUUGAUGAUCCAGCCGCGGCCAGUUCCUCUGCUUGCGAGUUCGUCCAGCUGCAGCCAACGACGCCAAGCUCCGAAAGCGAGGCGACGACGAUGAUCUCUCGGGGAGGGGGAUCCUUGCUGAACCAGAACCUGCUCGACUUGUACAGCAAAAUGCCUUAGAGCCAA